GACGCUGCAGCGAACCUCAGCAUCGGCACUAGGGUGGAGGUUGGCGGAAACCUGGGCUUUGUGCGUUAUGUUGGACAGACCUCCUUCGCUACGGGGCGCUGGGUUGGUGUCGAGUUGGAUGUUAAAGCAGGCAAGAACAGCGGUGUAGUCGAGGGCAAGCGAUACUUCGACUGCAAGACCGGACACGGUGUCUUUGUUAGGGCUUCACAAGCGCAUCCUGUUGUCGAAGGAGCUGCACAGCACUUUUUCCUAAUGCAUAUGCUUCCUGGAUGCCUUCGCUACGACAAGCAGCCUGAGACAACUGGGGCCGGCAAGACUUCGCGCCCAACCUCAAUGGUGGGUCGUCCCGCCGCAAGCACGGGAUCCCGAGUCGGUGCUCCAACCAGGCCCUCAACUGCAAGGACUGGCGCCGCUGGCUCCGCUGCACCCUCUCCAGCAUCUAUCCCCGCCUCUCGACUUACGAGACCUACGGCAACGAGGAGAACAGUCGGUGCGGAAGCCGCACCCGAGCCAGCCGCGUCCCCGAGAAGAAUCCGGGUCGCAUCUCAGCCGCUAAAGGAUGAAGAGACUGAGCGUUUUCGCUCGAGUGCAUUGCCGAGCGCUGGUGUUCAGCAACAGCUGCCACCUCAACAGGAUCCGCAAGAUACGUUGGUCCCUGAGGUGGAGGAAGAUAAUGCUCACCUCUUGGCACAGGAGCAGUCGAUUAUGGAAGAACUGGAGGCAGAGGAAGCCUUGGCUCAGAGGCAAUUGCUACAGGACCAACAAGGAUUUGCGCCUCCACCUCCGCCUUAUACUGCGCCCAGUGCCGGUCCCCAACCCCAGGCCACUGUCGCGGCUGGUCAGAGAUCAGAGGCAAUGGUCCCACUGAAGGAAUAUGACGAGUUGAGGAUCAAACUUCGUCUCCUUGAAAGCAAGCGCACCGAGGAUAGGGAGAAGAUUCGCGAGGCAGAAAAGGCGAAGGAGGAGUCCGAGCAGUUUUUGAAUAUCAGAACCAAACUGCAAGCCAAGCUCACGGAGAUGCAGCAGGAACUUCGGGACUCAAAGCGCAUCCUCAAGGAAGCCACUGCCGAGAAAGAGGCGUUUGAGGCCAAGUACAACGACGUUGUCGAUUCGAUGGAGGUGACUUUGCUGGACAAGGAGAUGGCCGAGGAAAGAGCUGAGAACCUGCAGCAUGAGGUCAAUAUACUUAAGGAGAAGGUUGAGGAGAUGCAUGUCGACCUCAAUGUUUUCCAGCAAGAAGAAUCCGGCAUGUCGAACCCCGCGGUCAACCAGAUUCAGCUAGAGAGGCAGAAUGAACGUCUCAAAGAAGCCUUGCUCAAGCUUAGGGAUAUGACGAGCGAGCAGGAGGCAGAGAUGACCAGGAAAUUGAAGAAUCUGGAAAAGGAGGCCUCGCUUGUCCAAGAGGUUCAGAUCCAGAACGAAAAGCUGAGAGAGAGCCUGGAGUUAGCGGAAGGUCAGAACGAGGAAUUGAAGCAGCGUCUGGACGAUGCCAUUGGCGCUGAGGACAUGAUCGAGCAGCUUUCCGAAAAGAAUAUCACCCUCAGCGAGAAGAUUGAGGAAAUGCAGAUGGCCAUUGACGAUCUCGAGGCCCUGAAGGAACUAAACGACGAACUGGAGGAGAACCACAGCGAGACGGAAAAGCAGCUUCAAGCAGAGAUCAACAUGAAGGACAUCCAGCUCAGGGAACACCAGAAGAAAAUCGAGACCUUGGAAGAAAACGUUGCCGACUAUGAGAACACGAUCAUUCAGUUCCGCGAAUUGGUCGCUCAUCUGCAGAGCGAUCUGGAGCAGCUGCGUCACAAGGAGGAGACUGCCUCUGGAGGUUUGGGAAGCCAAUCGCAGGCUAUGCUCAGCCUUAACCUUCAGCUGCAGUCCACAGCUAUGAAGGCACAGGCCAAGGCGAUCGAUCUGGAGCUCAGGAAGUUGGACGCCCUCCAGGCAAACGACAAUCUCACGUUGGUUCAGCCAUACCUGCCCGACGGAUUCUUCAGGACUGAGAAUGACUCGAUCCAGUGCUUCCUCUUGUUCAAGCGACUGUCGUUUAAGGCAGAACUUAUGAGCAAGCAUCUGGAGCAGCAAUAUGGAAUCGCGGAUAAGAUUGCUCAGAAUGCCAUCCCCUCCGAGCUCGUGUCUGUUUGCGAGGUCCGCCAGAAGUUGACCUGGUUCGGUGACAUGGCUAAGCGAUUUGUGUCUUAUAUCGAGGGCUGCCCUGUGGACGUGUUUGCGAAAAUGGGCCAGGUCUAUCACGACCUGAUUGGUACCGAGCGCCGUCUUAAUAACUGGAUGGAGCAGUUGCGCAAGGAGGAGCUCAAGGAGUCGGAUUGCAUUGUUGAUCUGCAGCGGGCUAUUGCUCAGCUGGAUCAUCUGGCAGAGACCUAUUUGACUAACACUAAGCUGGAUCUUACGGAGCGCUACCAAGGAGCCGCUCAUGCACUGGACUUGAACUUUGACCGCGUCUUUGUGAACAUGACAGCUAUUGGCGCGAUGUUCAAGUCGAACGAAGAUGGCGUUCGUUUGGUCGACACCGACGAUAUUCAAUACCAGCUGCUCCAGACUGUGGCUAGCUUAGGUACUCAGGCUAAGUCAGGCAAGGCGACAACAAGAAAACUGCUACGGAAGCUCGAGGAACUUUCGUCACAGGCAUCAGUUGUCAAGCCAGAGUGCUUCGCGCAGUACAGGAACGCUUGUACUUUAAGCACGAAGCUGGGCGAGUUUACCUAUGAGGUCAAGAACCGCAUUGCGCAGUACGUCAAAGGUCGCCGGGAAGGUGCCAAGACCGAGUCAAUCCAUCAGACCAUUUACAACGUCACGGACACACACCUGGGCGUCAGUGAGACGAGUAUGUGGGAUGGAUGCCGCAAAAUGUUGAAUGGCCUGUUGCAGGAUAUUACUACUUUGGCGGAGAAUGUUCUGGAUCCUGAGAUUACUGUUAAAGUUACGAGACCAGAUCAGGUUUGGGUCAAGAGGGCCAAGGACAUGAAGGCAGAAGUUGUUGUCAACUUUGAUGCAGAACAGAAGGCACAGUCGCUCCAGGAGCAAGUUGUCAAACUUGUUAAGGAAGCCAAGCUGAAGGACCAAGCUUUACAAGAGUCAGAUGUCAAGAUCGAGUUGCUUGAAAAGCGCAUGGAAACCUUCAAGAAGCAGGCUGAGCAGAUUUCGAUCUUGGAUCGUGAUGUGGAUAAAGCCAAGAAGCAGGAGCGCGACUAUGACGAGGCUAUUAGCGCACUGCAGGCAGACAUGGCUGCGUUGGAGGAGCAAAAUGCUCUGCUGAGACGCUCGGUCAAGAACAAAGAGAGCAGAAACAUCACUACUCCUGUCAAGAGAUCUCCUCACCAUGGACAGCAUGGACACAGCGGGAACGCUCACGAACAGGAUUCCACGGGCGCUAUGGCCACAGAAGGCACGGAGACCGGGUCUAACCGGGAACUCUUGGUUCAGAUCGAGUCUCUCAAGUCUGCGCUGCGCUUCUUGCGUUCUGAGAACGCCUCCCUGAGAACAAGGGCGGCUAUGUUGGACCUUGGAUUGACGGCGAACAUGUCUGCAUUGUCUGGACCUGUGGGUCGUAGGUCGGAUGUCGAAGCAGUGCCUGUUCCAACAAGUGUUGACCAGCCCGAGUUCCAUAGGCGACAGCUGAAGGCAGAUACCGAGCUGAAGGCUGUAGCAUUGGAGACCAAGAGAUUGCUCAAGGACGCUAGAGCUGUUUGCGCGUCACCCAAGCUUGUAGAUCUGUCC